AUGAGCUCGGUCGACGGAUUGCGGGGUCUUUUCGAUGGUGUGCGCCCGUCAAUUGCCAUCGCUGGGUUGUUGGUCGGAGUCUUGAUCUUCUGGUCGGGCAUUUCAACAUGGAGGCAGUACAAUCGUCUUCGCGCCUUCAAAGGACCUCGUCUCGCUGGAUUCUCGAAAUGGUGGCUCAUCAGGACGGUCGGCAGCGGUAGAGCAUACCUGGACUUUUGGGAGGUUACCAAGAAGUAUGGUUCUAUCGCUCGCGUCAGUCCCAACGAUCUCCUUACCGACGAUCCCGACCUCAUGAAGCACAUCCUCAACGUUAGAACCGAAUACCGGCGCUCUCCUUGGUACGAUGGCAUGCGCUUCGACCCGGCCAACAACAACAUCCUCUCGUGGAGGGACGAGGACGAACACUUCAAGCUGCGGUCCAAGAUGUCUGCAGGAUAUGGCGGUCGCGAAGUCGAGAACCUGGAACCCAAGAUCGACAAGAAUAUCCUCGCAUUCAUCAAGCUCCUGCGAAAAUACGCCGACGAGAAGAAGCCAGUCGAUUUAGGCCGCCGCGCCCAGUUUUUUACUCUGGACGUCCUCUCUGACUUGGCUUUUGGCGAACCGUUUGGCUUCUUGGAGACAGACUCGGAUGUGUACGAGUACAUCAAGACCACCGAGGAGACACUGCCCAUGGUCAUGGUGACUACUGUUGUUCCAUGGCUGGUCAAGGUCUUGAGCUCUCCGAUUUUCAAGAGCCUUUUGCCGUCUGAAAAGGAUCGACUUGGGUUUGGCAGGGUAAUGGGCAUCGCCAAAGCAAUCACUGCCGAAAGGUUUGGACCUGACAAAAAGGUCCGGAAGGACAUGCUUGGGUCCUUUGUCGCUCAUGGACUCACCCAAAAAGAGGCCGAGUCGGAGAUCCUUCUCCAGAUUAUCGCCGGUUCUGAUACCACCGCCACGGCCAUCCGUUCAACCAUGCUUCAUAUCAUCACUAGCCCCCACGUGUACAACAAACUACGCACCGAAAUCUCCAAGACCUCAUACUCGGAGCCAAUCAUCCCAGAUUCCAUCGGUCGCGACCUACCCUACCUCCAAGCCGUCAUCAAAGAAGGCCUCCGCAUCUUUCCUCCCGUCGCCGGUCUCAUGUCAAAAGAGGUUCCACCACAAGGAGAUACUUGGAAAGGUCAAUUCAUCCCCGGUGGGACAAGUGUCGGAUACUGUGCCUGGGGCAUCUUCCGCCGUGAGGACAUAUGGGGACCCGACGCCGGCGAGUUCCGCCCCGAGCGAUGGAUUGAGAGUCCGCCUGAAAAAAUCAAGGAGAUGGAGAGCGCGCUUGAUCUCAUUUUUAGUUACGGACGGUGGCAGUGUCUGGGGCGACCGGUGGCUCUCAUGGAGCUGAACAAGAUCUACGUCGAGGUGAGUAUGCUCUAA